AGUGAUAGAUGGUGGGCCUUGGUGAAGUGGAUAGGAGGAGAAGAUAAUAAGAAAAUGACAUCCGGCAUAGAUAUACGUCAUAUUAAAGAUUUCGAUGUUAAUAAUUUUUUGGAUGAAAACCACGAUCCAAAAACUGUAUAUGUAAUUGAGUGGAGAGAUACAGUAAAAGAGCCUUUAGGUGGUUGGAAAUGUUACAAUGCCAUAAUUAUUGACAUUUCUCAUUCAAUACCAGCUUUAGAGAAAAAACUUGAAGCUCUUGAGGGUAUCAAGUCGCCCGGGCCUUCUCCUAAACCUGAAUUAUUAUUAAUUUCAACUUCUCAUGAAGACGACAUUCAGGUCUUACAUGAAGAAGAAGAAGAAGUUGAGAUCAUUAAUAAUAAUACUCUUGAGCCUGAAAAUCGUGAAAAUGAUGAAAAUGCUAGAAAAAAAUUAAGAUUUUCAUUAGACUCUGACGCAGAUAAAAAAGAAGAUGAUACAACAAGUACAUUAAAUUUGACAGGUGCUAAGAGUUCCGUAAGUCAGCAACUUGGAGGUUUUCAAAAUCCAUCAACAUCCAGUGAGGCUCCGCAAUUUAUAACCAAAGAAGAUUUAGAGAAAGCACUGGCAAAAAUGAAACAAUAUUAUCAAGUUCCUCAAGAAGCAGGUGUUUCUUCAUCCAAAACUAAAAAAUUUAAAACAAAAGAAAAAAAAGUGGAACUCGGGUACGAAGGAUCGAAUGUUUUCAUUACUGAUGAUCAGUGGAGAGAUGCAAAAAGAAAAAAUUCAUUUACAUCAAUGGCAACCUCAUUGCUUGUUUCAACGUUUUCUCCUAAAAUAUUAUUAUUUAAUAGUAGUCCGAUGCUUCUCAGGAAAACCUACGCAGCAUGCGGCCUAAUACCAGACCACAUCAUGUCCAAAACUGUGAAGCAACACCAUGCUGAUUUCAAAGAAGGCGCUUUUGGCAGCGCAAUUAAUAAUAAAUGCGGAAAGUUAAGGUGUGAAAAAAAAGCUAACGAUAAAAAAAAAAAUAACAAUCCGAACGAUAAUAAUGAAAAAGAAGAUUAG